AUGCUGAUCUCAACCAAAGCAAAGUUGUUCCUAACUUUUGGAGCCCGCAGAUUUACCGUUACCCGGUUCUGUGCUGAACAGCGUGGGUUCGCUCAAGUAGCCGGCACUGAGACAAUACCUGAAGAAAAUGAUAGGCCUUUCACAAUACCCCUUGCGGAGGAAAGCUUUCAAACAUACAAUCUUGAUCCGCCGCCAUACUUUGUCGAGACAACGAAGAACCAACUGAAGCAGAUGUAUCGCGACAUGAUAGCAAUAAGACGCAUGGAGCUAGGUGCCGACCAGUUGUACAAAGAGAGAAAGAUCCGCGGUUUCUGUCACCUAUCAACUGGACAAGAGGCAGUUGCAGUUGGAAUUGAGCACGCAAUUAGCAAAGAAGACAAACUGAUCACCGCGUACCGCUCUCACGGGUUCACAUAUAUGCGUGGCGGUACAAUCAGAUCAAUCAUCGGUGAGCUCCUGGGUUGCCGGGAUGGGAUAGCACAUGGGAAAGGCGGAUCGAUGCACAUGUACUCCAAAAGCUUCUUCGGCGGAAAUGGUAUCGUGGGUGCAAGCGUGCCACUGGGGGCUGGCAUAGCGCUUGCCCAGCAGUAUGACGAGACAGGUAACGUCACAAUCAAUUUGUAUGGUGACGGAGCCGCGAACCAAGGGCAGGUGCACGAGGCCUUCAACAUGGCAAAAUUGUGGAAUCUACCCGUGAUAUUUGGCUGCGAGAACAACAAGUAUGGGAUGGGGACGUCUGAUAAAAGGGCAUCUGCCAUGACGGAGUAUUAUAAACGUGGUCAAUACAUCCCCGGUCUUCGGAUUGAUGGGAUGGACGUUCUAGCUGUACUGACUGCAGUCAAGCAUGGGCGUGAUUUUGUUAAAAUAGGCAAUGGUCCCCUCGUAUAUGAGUAUGUCACCUAUCGAUUUGCCGGUCACUCCAUGUCCGACCCUGGAAUUGCCUACCGCAGUCGAGAGGAGUUGCAGAAAACCCGUGAAAACGACCCACUUAUAAAUUUGAAGAUGAAAUUGAUAGACUGGGGCAUCAUUACCGAGGACGAAGCCAAGGCUAUCGAAAAGGAAGUGAGAAGAUUCGUCAAUGAGGAAAUCGAACAUGCCAAGCAGAUGCCCGCCCCUGAGGCCAGUCUUGAUGUUUUGUUUAAAGACAUCUAUGUACCGGGUAGUGAACCUUCUCAGAGGCGAGGCAGGACAGUCGAUGAGACUUGGUAUUGA